CUUGGCUGUACAAAAGUGACUCAGAUUGCGUAUGAGAUUCUUGGAGGAUUUGUGACUGCGUCCUAGUUAUCAUGUCGGAGAUACUUGAGACGAUGCCCAGCAUUCUCGGAAGUUCCACCACGUGAUCCGAGAUCUUCAGCGACGCAGAUCCCUGCUCUUUCCGCUUAGAAAUGCAGGUCCCAUAACUUUUACGUAGUGACGACACUUCCGUGUACCGUUGACAUCCGCCACGUCUCUCUCUGCAUCCCUUUUCUGUUUCACAUCUCUUAGCAUCAUGUUCCGUGCAGCCCCACGGUUAAUUGCGCGUCCAGCGCUGCGAGCCGCGCCACUACGGUCUGUCGCACCGGUCAGAAGGUACUUGAGCACCGCACCACCAUCACAAAAGUCGAGAAGUUUCAAGAGCUUGGUUGCGAGGCUGGGUGUUGCAGGAGCAAUAAUAUACUAUUACAACACCACGGAUGUUUUCGCAGAGGAGCCAAGACAACUUGUCCAACCCCUCCCAGAAACCGAAGUUGAAUCCGAGCACCUCCCCACCAUCGAAUCUAUCUCCGAAGAGCGCAAGCGACGACAAGCGGUACAGGCACAACUAGAGGCUCAGAAGCAAAAAGAGGCUGAGCGCGCACAACAGAAUGCGAAGCCUUCAGAAGAUGGCCAGGGUGGCAUAGAAGGACUCGAGGAAGAGGCAGAUCAACAGGGCGCAUUCAAUCCGGAGACUGGCGAGAUCAAUUGGGAUUGCCCUUGUCUGGGCGGCAUGGCUCAUGGCCCUUGUGGUGAGCAGUUCAAGGCGGCGUUCAGCUGCUUCGUGUACUCCACCGAAGAGCCGAAGGGCAUGGACUGCAUCGACAAGUUCAAGGACAUGCAAAACUGUUUCCGCGAAUACCCCGAAGUCUACGGCUCAGAACUCGACUCCGAUGCCGACGACGAGGACGACAUGACCGCCUCGCCCGAAACCCCAUCCAACCCCUCCAGCACGCAACAAGACUCCUCAUUACAACCCGCCACCAACGACCACGCCGCAUCAGCCAAGGGCAAAUUCUCGGGUGAACGCAACUCGAAACCCCACACACCAGAACACAGCCUGGUCCCUGAGGAAUACAAGCCAAACGCCAAACACAACCCCGUAAACGACGCAAGGGGAGAUAUGAGCAGCCUAGAUAGCGAGAAGGAGAAGGGGAAAGAGAAGAGCAAGCAGAAGCCAAAGGGCGAGAGCAAUACUGAGAGGGCGAACCAGGCGAGGGCGCAGGUUAAGAGCCAGGAGCCUGUUAGUGAGAGCGAGAGUAUGGUGCCCAAGGCUAGUCAUGAUGCGAAAUGAUGAGAGUACAUGGAGGCUAGAGGAAGUGGCGGGGCUGUGAGGGACGUGUCAUGAAGGCGGGAUGUAACAAGAGAUGAUGAUAUUGUAUUAUAUAGUUCCGUGUACAGCAUGGUUGAAGAACCAAGGGGGGCAUUUAGACAGUGGUGUUCAACGCUUCUCUGCUACUGACGAAUAUCAUGUAUAAUAUAUACAGUUUCGACAAAACGUUCAAGCAACAU